AUCUCUCGGCCACUGUGUGCACUAGAGGGAUCAUCGCUCACCAGCGAAGAUGGUAGGCGUCUGUGUCAUACUUGCAAUACAUUAGUGUUUUCUCGUCAAACUAAAAGGGGAAACCUACAAAUUUAACACCACCAAGAAAGAUGUCUGGCAGCAGUGAUAGUCGUGCUGAAGGAGGUAUAAAGAAGAGGAAUAUUAUAUCUGUUCAUGAAAAGCUGAAAUUGAUUGAAAAGCUUGAGGAUGGUGCCAGUGUGGCAAGCAUGGCACUGGAAUUUGGCAUUGGGACAAGUACUGUUUCAGACAUACGCAAGCAAAAGAACAAGUUAUUGAAAAUUGCUUCAAAAAGUGACAGUACACCUGCUGUGGCCAUCAAGAAUAUUGAGACAAAACCUCAGCUCUACGAAGAUAAUAUGGCGACGUCUUCCAAGAAGAUCACCUACACAAGUGAUUUUAAGUUAAAAGUUUUAGACUAUUAUUUCAAAAAUGGAGGUGAUGAAAACUUUGGGCUUAAGAAAAAAACAGCAGGCCAUUUCAAUAUUGAUAAGAAGACUAUUAACCGAAUGCUAAAUAACCCGGAAAUGGUGAAAAGGGCUCGGAAGCUUCUUUCAAAAAGAGUUACUGGCAGUACUAAAGGAACAGCUGCUUCUCGGCCUGGAGGCACUAAGGCCACUGUUAAAGGCACUAAAGCAAGUGGCAGCAAAGUUAGCACAUCUGGGGCCAAACUUGGCGCUGUCAGCGCUUCAAGCAAAGUACCAGGCUCCAGUCACACUAGUGCCUCAAAUACCAGCAGUAGCAUUUUGAAAGCAUCUACCUCAUCUACUAGCAGUACAAAAAAUGUGGGCAUCAGUAAUAAAAACAGCCAAGCCAGCGGUAGUGGAACACACACUGCAUUUAAGCCCAGCACCUCCAAGAUAAAGUUUAUGGGUCAAGACAUGAAGAGCGGCGUUCAAGUGUUUGAUUUACCAGAAGAUCCUGACUAUUCUAUCCUAAAGAAGUCCAUUAAUGCAUCUGUCAAUGGAGUAGCCAAUGUUGCUAGAUUGCUUGUAACUGGCACAGAAGAGGUGUGCAAAAUCAUCCUAAAUGAAUGUGACAUGAUACUAGAGUGCAAAGUUUGCCACAAUCUUUUCCGAUCAGUGGUAAACUUUAUAGCACACAAGAGAAUAUACUGUCAAGAAGAAUUUGCUAAUGUAAGAGUGCUAUUUCAUAAAGAUGAUAUACAAGGCAUCACAAGCCAUUCCAAUACAGUAUUUGUGGAACCAGAGCCUCCCCCUGAUGUGCAUCCAUCUACGUCCUCUGCACCUGACAAAAUAACAAAAUCUGCUAAAAGUGCUAUGCAGGGAGCAUCAAGGCAUUCAGGAAUUGAUUCCAUUGCAGCAAAGUUGGCCAAAAGAAGAAAGCAGCGCACUAAAUCACAUGCUACUCACACAGGAUCUUCACAGUAUUAUGAACGCUUGGAUCGGAUAAACAUGGCAAGAGAUAAGCUGAGUCGUGAUUGUUCUGUUGUGCUAGAAGAUAUAGGUGGUGUUACAAAUGCCAGAUACCAAACUUUCAUGCCACCAAGCAGCACUGUUCCUAAUGUGUCUAUGAAUGCAAUCAUUGAUGAGGUUUCACAGCAUUCAGCUGGACUAACGGUAGCAAUUAAUGAGCAUGGAGAGAUCGUGAAAACUGCUCCUGGAAAUGUCAGAACAAUUGAUGUGGAGCAACCAACAUCUAGUUCUGGAAUAUCUAAAGAACUUAUCUGUCAUACUUGCAAUACAAGAUUUGCAACACAGAAGACAUUAAGUGUCCAUCAACGUUCACAUCAUGGGUUUGAACGAUGCAUCUAUUGCUGUCCAAUCUGUAAGGCCAACUUUCUCAGCAUGUGGGCUGUUGUUAAACAUUUGAAACGAUUCCACAAGAAGAAGAAAAGUCAAACAGAAAGAUUACGUAAAGUAAUAAGGAAGAACGUUUACAAGAAGAUGGUAUACCACAGUGAAGAUCAUCAGGGAGAGUACUGUGAGAAGACAAAAAAAGUUCGAGGGAAGGAAAAAUUUCCAGAAGGGGAUCAGGAAGCAAUGGAAGAAAUAGAUAUGGAAGAAAAUGGGACAUUUGAUGAAUCCAUUGAAAUGGAAAUUGCAAGCCCACAUAAGAGCUCCCUCAUAUCAGGCUCCAGAAAAUGCUCACCUACAAAAUCACCUCUAAAGGGGUGGAGAUCCAAAGAGGGGGUGCGUUGGAUGUGUAAUGUGUGUCAGAAGAUGUUCAUAACAAGAGCGGCAAGUUUAGCUCAUGUUGCAACUCACAUCAUUUGCAACUUUGAGCCCAAAGCUGUACUAGUCAACAUAGAAACUGGGACACGUGUAAAAAACCCAAGCAGCAUUUGUGGAAACAGCAACGUAGAUCUCAGUUGCGAAACUAGUGAAAAUGAGUCUGAUGAAAUGGAUGAUGAAAAUGAAUAUGACUCAAAACAAGAACAGCAGCCUCAAGAUGUUGAGGAGUUAAAGGAUACUGUGAUUCAGAAAACUUGGUUAAAAAAUAAAAGAAAAAACAGAAAAACCGUUCAGCGAAUUAUUGUGGAUGAACCAGCGUCAGAAAUAGAAGGAAAAAAUACUGAUAAUAGUAGUCAUGAAAGUUAUUGUGAUUUGGUGUUAGGUGAGCAUAGUGAGAACCACAGUGAAAUUGCUGUGGAUGAAAGAGAGAGGCUUGAGCACUCAUCCAGUAUUACAAAUGAUGAUCUGAAAAUAACUGCAGCAACUAGUUCUGAGAGCGUUGGAAGCGAGUUAACAAAUUUUGCAGAUAAUGAAGGCUUAGAUUCUAAGGAAUCAGAUCAUUAUGCACUUGAAAGUUCAUGUAGUUCAGAAAGCUCUAAAGAAGAAACCACCAUGGAAGAGUUGACAAAUAAUCAGUUGGCAACUCCAACUCGAGUAUCAUCUGGAAAUAUUCUUAGCUCUGAGGAAAUGGAUGUUGAUCUAGCAGACUUAUUCAAGCCAUCGCUAAACUUUGCAUCCAUUUCUUACCCUGACAGUAGGUGCUCAGGUUCAUAUGCUGCUAAAUCUAGUUGGGAAUCUCAAUCGGAGGAAGAUGUGCAUAAAGCGGCAACAAAACUUCGCUUAUUUGAGGAAGAUUGGAGUAGGAGUGAGACUCCCUCUGAGUUAGAGGGAGAUACAGAGGAACCUGAGCUAGAAGUAGGAUCACUGACUUCAGAACAAGUGGAUAGAAAUAAGGAACCUGAAGAGGAGAGCAAACUUACACAAAGACCUAGUGUAGAUGGUUUAAAUAAAGUUCAUGAAGUAGCGAUACAUGCCGAGUCGACAUUACACGAUGCGUUAAAUAAGGAAGUUGAGUCGAGUUCAUUGGAUGAAAUAAAAGAGAGAGUGGGCGAGUUGCCUCCUGUAAGUAACAGUACUUCCCCUGCAUUAGAUGAUACGAUAGAGGAGAAAGCUAAUGAACCAAGAGAGGAAAAUACUACCCCAAAGCAAGAAGUAAUGGAUGAAGUUGAUUUAUAUAAUGAUGAAACAUCGCUACACGUCGACUCAACAUCACAUGACACGCUUGAUAGGAAAGUUCAGUUGAGUUCAUUGGAUAAAGUAAAAGAGAAAGAGUCACUACCUGCAAGUACAAGUACUUCCCCUGCAUUAGAUGUUCCCAUAGAUAUAAAAACUGAAGAAGUAAGAGAGGAAGAUAAUAUACCAAAGCAAGAUAUGAUGGAUGUAGAUAAUAAUAUAAAGAAAGAAAUACAGACAGAAGAAGAACUUGUGAAUGAAGAUGUUAAUGUCAAACAUAAAUACUCACAUACGAAAAUAGAGAGCGAGUUAAUCAAAGUGAAAGAAGAAGAAAUUCUGAAUGAAAAUACAAUUCUCAAAGAGGGUGGAGACACUGAAAACGUGUUAAAGCAUUCUGAAAAGGAUGAAUCAAUUGAAAGACACAGUCUAGGGGAACAUCAUGCUCACACCCUUCAUUGUGAGGGCAUAACAGAUGACCAUGAAGACAAGCAUUUAGAAAUGAAUGACAUGAAUACCUGCCGAUUUCUGUCUAAAGGUGGAACAUUUGAUACUAUUAAAUAUUCUGUACCACAGGAAAUAAAUCUGAAAGCUAUACAUAUUGACCAACCUGGAGAUAAAGUAACAUCUCACUCAGAUGAAGGACAACUUUCAGAACAAUCUGGAAAAGAGUGCAAUGCUGGAUUAGUUAAAACUAAGGAGACUGAUGAUGCAGAGUGUGUUAUUAAACCCUCAGUUGCAGCCACACGUAUUGAAAAAACUGUUCAUCUUACAACUUCCAAACCUGAUGUUUGUGCAAACAUCUGUGCACAAUCUUUUAAUAUAUGUAGAGACUUGAAAUCAUCUGUAGAGAAUUUAACUAAAUGUGAAAUUAAUGAAAGUCUUCCAGAUAAGUUAAGAAAACCUUCAGAUCAUUCACCACCACCAAUUCAGCAAGAAUGUAACACUAAUUUGCCGUUGAAACGAAAAACAUACGCAUUUUUCACAACUAAAUCGAAAACUGCUAGAAAGUCUGUAACUAAAUUAAAAGCGUCACCAUCUGUAAGUCCAGUAGAUUUCUUGCCAUCCUGUACAGUCCUGCCAGAUGGGUUAUUUGUAGCCAAAUUAAGAGAUCCAUCUCAAUCAAACCCUUCAUCAGCAUUUGUAAAUUUGCCAAAUGUGCCAACUAUUAUCGCCCAGCCUGAAUCUCCAGAGAGAGUGGCAUCAGAGAUGCCUCUGCCAAAAUUUACAACUGUCUCAGAAACACUGGCUAAAACUCGUAUCCUCAAAAAACAGCGUAAAAAACCAGAACCAUCUCAGGAAACUUUGUCAGUAACUAUAUGUGGUGAUUCUUCUAUCCCAACUGUGAAACAAGGUAUAUGUACAGCUUCAGUAGUAACAUCAGAUACCAGAAACAAGAUACUUCCUUGCUCAUCAACUGCAAUACCUAUAGUCUCUCACACAAAUUCUUUACCUGUAACUUGUACUGUGACGUCUGCUGGGAUUAGCACACUUCUACCUUAUCAAACAAACAAAACUAUGGCUUCUGUGAUAUAUCCUCAAAACACCUACAUUUCUACAACUCUAACCUCUUUACCCUAUUCUAGUAUUUCUGAUACUAGAGAGACUGAAUCUAAAAGCACCUUAGCUGCUGCUGUUCUCACAAACACUAUUACCAGUGUAAAUCAACCAACAAGUGAAUCUACUAAGUCUCUACCAAAAGAUAUAUCUUCUACAAAAGUUUGGCCUAAAAAAACAACUACCAUGGUGAUCCAACCAAAAUCUACAGGUGGGUUUGUAACUCAGUUAAAAACUACUGCAUCUGUUUCCCACCCCAAACCCACUACUGCAUCUGAGAGUCAACUUAGAACAACUGACUUCACAUUAUCUGAUACCAGCCCCAGAGGUACCACUGCACCUACAAUGCAGUCUAGAACUGGUGCUAGUAUUAUAUCUGUGAUCCAGCCAAGAAUUAUCAGUUCACCCGUAACUCAACCUAAGAUUGCUGCAGCUGUGACCUGGCCUGAAACUACCACUGUAUCUGUAACUCAGCUUAAAACCACUACUACAUCUGUAGCCCAGCCUAGAACUACUACUACAUCUAUGACCCGGCCCAUAACUACCACUAUAUCAAAGAUCCAUCCCAAAACUACCACUACAUCUGUGACCCAGCCUAGAACUAGCACCAUAUCUGUGGCUCAGCCCAUAACUAUCACUACAUCUAUGACCCAGCCCAGAACUACCGCUACAGCAGUGACCCAGCCCAGAACUACCGACACAUCUGUGACCCAGCCCAAAACUACAACUUCAUCUGUGACCCAGCCCCAGACUACAGCUACAUCCCUGACUGAGCACAAAUCUACCAUAGCAGUGACCCAGCCCAAAACUCCCACUGCCUCUGUAACUCAGCUCAAAACUGGCACUACAUCAGUGUCCCAGCCAAGAAUUCACAGUGUAACUGUGGUUUCUGCCCAGCAGAUACCCACUGCACCUGCAACUUGGCAGAAGGCUGGCAUGGCAUCCGAAACCCAUCCCAAAACUGCCACUCUGUCAGUAAUCCAGCCAAGAACUAUGGCUGCCUCUGUUCCCCAACCCGUGGCAAUUACUGAAUCGGUGACAAAACCCAAAAUUACAACUGCAUCUCCUAGCCAUCCAAGAGCUACUGAAUUUGUGCCCCAGAACAAAGCUGUCAUUGGCUCUGUUACCUUGACCAGGCCUACCAUUGCAUGUACAAAUCAAACUAAAAUAUCCACUGCACCUGUUACCCAUCCCAAAACUUCCACUGCACCUGUUAUAUCACCCAAGGCUACCACAGCAUCUGUUAUAUCACCCAAGACUACCACAACAUCUGUUAUAUCACCCAAGACUACCACAGCACCUGUUAUAUCACCCAAGACUACCACAGCAUCUGUUAUACCACCCAAGACUACCACAGCAUCUGUUAUACCACCCAAGACUACCACAGCAUCUGUUAUACCACCCAAGACUACCACAGCAUCUGUUAUACCACUGAGAACUAUCACAGCAUCUGUUAAACCACCCAUUACUACCACAGCAUCUGUUAUACCACCGAGGACCACCACAGCAUCUGUUAUACUACCCAAGACUACCAAAGCAUCUGUUACACCAACAAGAUCUACGACAGCAUCUGUUAUACUACCAAAGACUACCACAGCAUCUGUUAUACCACCCAGAACUACUACAACAUCCGCAAUUCAGUCCAAGACAAGUAUUGUAUCAGUUGCCCAACUAGGUGAUACUCACCUCAUACCUUCCAUCUCGUUGAAUCAAGUCAUAGCAACAGUUAUGCCUGCAGCCAAACCUAGAACACUAGUUCUUCCUCUAACUCAAACAAAAAUGAGUACCCCCUCAAUUAUACAGCCUAAAACUGUUGUAACUCUGCCAAAAUCUAAUGCUGGAUCUAAUAUUCUUCCAGUGAAAUUAAGGGAUAUGAAUACAGACCUUACUUCAAAAACAUCUGAUAAGCUAGAAGUCAGAACUAACAUCUCUGACAUUCAAGCAGAUCAAGGGGGAAAGCAUUCCAUUUGUACACCAAAUCACAAAACAAUUAAAAACAUACUUGUAUAUUCUGCAAGUGAUGAUGUUUCUGAUGAAAAUAAAUUACUUUCCACUUCUGGUAAAUGCUAUGAAAAUAUUGUUGUAGAGACAGGAAAUUGUGAUGAUGUUUUAGAUCAAUUUAAAUGUGAAUUGAAGCAUGUUGAGGAAAAUAUUACUGAAUGCUCUAUGGAGGAUUCUGCAACAAAAACAACUUGCACCACUGCUCUUCAAGUUCAUACAUCUGAAGUUGAAGGGAAAACUUGUAAUACAAAGGGAAGAAAAGAGAGAGAGAAAUGUAUACAACAUGGUGCAGAAAGUGUUGCUAGAGUUUCUGAAGUGGAAUGUUCUAAUGAAUUGGUAAAAAAAUCAGAAACACCAAAGUACAAAAAUAUUGAAACUGGACUUGAAAACCUAGAAUUUGAAGGAUUUAGUGAUACAAACAUAAAAAUUAAAGGCAAAAUUUAUCCCAAAGUGUUGCAUGUGGAUUUCUUAAAGGCUGUUGAUGAAUUGACCAAGGAAUUUGAGAAGUACACAGACACCAAGGUACUGCCGAGCAUGUCAGUAAGUGGUGGUGAUACCAAACAUACAGCCACACAUUCUAGAUCAAAUAAGCAAACACAAGUAUGCGUAGAUACUGACCCAUCUUUAACAGAGUUUGCAGAGAAACAGAAUAACCAAAAUAAUGACCUCAUUAAAAAGGAAUUAAAUACAGAAGCAGCAAGGGAUCUUGGUAGUCAGCCUGGCUGCUUAGUGCAACAGUCUGAUCAAAUAACUAAACAGGAAGAUACAAACUCUGAAAAGAACGCUACUAAAGAGUGUGUAGCUACUGCUAAAUCUCAUGGUUUACAUUCCAAAAAUGUUUCUGAUAUCAAUCCAGACAUGACUUCCAGUAGUAAGUAUAAAUCUAAACUGAAAGUAACAAAACAUAUUUACCAAAUUAGUCCAAACUUGAGUUCCAGUAUAGAGUCUCCAUCAAAACUGAAAGUAAACGAAUAUCAUAAACCUGCACCAGCAUUGUUAAAAUUGAAGAAGCGAAAAAGAGAGGGUUGUGAACGUGAACACUACCCUUUGGUGGCAGAAAAUCUAGUUGCAAAUAUGAACGUGACAAAGAAGCCAAAUAGUAUAUCAACAAAAAAUCCUGAAACUUCAUCCGUGUAUAAUGAAGCUUUCAUGAAAGAAUGUAAAACUUCAGGUGAAGUUGAGGGUAAAAAAGAUACCACAGAAGAUAAAUAUGAGACUGUCACCCCUAAACAUAAUUUGAGCUCAAAUUUCAAUGAAAGUGAAAUCUCAGAAGAAAGUGUACUUAAGAAGGUACGAGAAGAUUGGGUACAGCUUUCCACCAACCCUCAGUGGAAGUGGCGUAGGAAAGAAAAAAACAAGGAACUGUGGAAGCUGGUAAUUGCAGCUAAAGCAACAGUUAAUGCUAAAAAAGUGUCACAAACAAGAGACGGUGACAAUGGUUCAUUAUCUGAAGGUAACAGAUGUGACCUCAGCACAGAAGAAUAUGAUGACCUUAAAGAAUUACAGCUUGCUGGAACAUCAGAAAGUGCUGAUCAGAAAAUGUCUGGGGAAAAGACUUCUGGUUGUACUGCUAUUCAGUACAAUGUGAAAGGAAAGAAAUGGAAGGAAGGAUGUCCUGUCCCAAAAAAAGCCAAGAUUUCUGAUGAAUGUGACAAUGCCAAAACAAACAAUUCAGGAGAAAAUGAUUUACCAAAAGAUACUAAAUUCUGCAAAGAAUCGGUUAAAGACUUAACCUCAGUCUCAAGACAAGAAGAAAAUCAAAUAAUUUCAGUUGUUUGUGGGGAGUCAUUGCACGAGCCAUCAUCAUCAUCAUCCCAGCAUGGUAUUAUGGAACUGGAUGUGCUGGAGGACAGUGUUGGUCCUGAUCAUCUCAUCACAACUGCAGGUGACAUGACCACCUUCGAUGCAGCAGCAGUAAUGCGCGAUCCUACAACAUUUGGUGAUCUGAGCUAUGACUAUGAUCUACAUUAAUUUAUAAUGUUACUCUUCUCAUGUGUACAUAGAGAUGAUUUCGGCAGUGUAUGUUUACCAGAGCAUCGUUGUGUGAAAUGUAACCGAAGGUUCAUGACAGCAUCGGCUUUGAUAUCACAUGACAAAUUCUGCUCUCUUCUGCAAAUGAGACCUGACAUUCUUCAAGAAAA